AUGAGGCUUAGUACUGAUGUAAAUACAGAUGAGAGGAUUCUGUUAACAUCAUGGAAAAGUCCUUCAAACCCAUCGAUUGGACACUUCUCUCUUGGACUUGAUCCACUAAACAUCCCACAGAUUUAUGUAUGGAAUGGUAGUCAUCCAUACAUGCGUAGUGGUCCUUGGGAUGGUCAGGUUUUUAUUGGAAUGCAAAAAAUGCCUUCUGAAUAUCUCAAUGGAUUUAAUCUUGUAGACAACAAAGAAGGAACUUUUUAUUUAACUUUUACCUAUGCAAAUGAGUCCAUUCCAAAAUACAUCAGCUUGAAUUCUGACGGAUCUGUAUUGCAGAAGAUUUGGUCUGAUGGGAAGGAAGAUUGGGAAGUGAUGUUUGUGGCGCCAGGAAAUGAGUGCAGUUUUUAUGGCAAGUGUGGGCCAUUUGGAAGCUGUUAUUCACAGGAUUCACCAUUUUGUACCUGUUUAAGAGGAUUUGAGCCAAAGUAUAAAGAGGAAUGGAGUAGAGGAAAUUGGACUAGUGGAUGCAAGAGAAAGACACCGUUGCAAUGUGCGAGAAAUGAUACUGUCAAGGAAGGAGGCAAAGAAGAUGGUUUUUUGAAGCUCGAGAAAAUCAAAGUGCCAGACUUUGUGGAGUGGUCACCUGCUCCAGAAGACAAUUGUGGAAGCUUGUGCUUGAAUAAUUGUUCGUGUCUAGCAUAUUCAUAUCACACUGGCAUUGGGUGUAUGCAAUGGAGUGGAAUUCUAAUCGACAUAGAGAAAUUCCCCAAUGGUUCUGGGGCAGAUCUUUACAUUCGAGUUGCAUAUUCGGAGCUUGAUGAAGAGAAAAACAUGAACGUAGUUAUCGCAAUUACAACAAUCAUAGGGUCAGUAACCCUUGCCAUCUGCACGUACUUUUCUUGGAGGUGGAUAGCCAAGCGAAGAGGAAGGAAGCAAAAACGAGAGCAGGACCAAAUUAAAGUUGAAGAGCUGCCAUUAUAUAGUUUUCAGAGUAUGGCACAUGCAACAAACAACUUCCAUUCUGCCAAUAAACUCGGGCAGGGUGGUUUUGGUCCAGUCCACAAGGUAAUGAUUGUUCAUCCAGAGCAUUAUGCCAUAGUGAAGCAUAUGAAAUUGAUAUGA